AGGAUUACAGAACUGGAAGAAAUUAUAAGAAGAAAAAACAUGAUAAUCACAAAGUUGAAAAAGGAUAUGCUGCUUUUAGAGCAACAGAUUGUCAAAUUCACGAGGCUUCGAAGACCAUCAUAUAGGGCCUCUUCACAGUCAACCACUUAUCAUCCACCGCUUAUGACUGACAAUAUUCUCUAUGAUAUGAGCAGCACUAGCCCAUCAUCUUCAGACUCUGAUUCUCCUCAGAAGGGUGGUGUGAAUCUUUCAUGUAUUCCAACUAAUGAAAUUCUUCAUAAGCUUGAUAUAACAAAGCUUAUGGGCUCUUCUGUCUCAACGCUACAGAAAGCAAUGAGCCCUUUCAAGGAAAAUUGUGUGAGCAUGAAAGAUGAAACAAAUGCUUCGGUAAGACCAAGGAAGAUUGCUUCUUCUAUCACAGAUCAGAAAAAGUAUCGAAGGAGAAACUUGCAGGAAGAGAAGAUGAUGACUGCGGCAAAGAAAUGGGUUUAG